UUCUUUUUGACCUUUCACCCCAAGAUGGCGGCGCCCGUGGGUCCGUUGAAGUUUUGGAAACCGGGCACAGAAGGACCAGGUGUCAGCCUCUCAGAGGAAAGACAGAAUGCUGCUGAAAGUUCAAGUGUUUCGGUCAUCUAUAAUCCCUUUAUUUCCCUUUCUAUUGAGCAACAGAGGCAAAAGCUGCCUGUUUUUAAGCUUAGAAAUCAUAUCCUCUAUCUAGUAGAAAACUAUCAGACAUUAGUGAUUGUUGGAGAAACAGGAUGUGGGAAAAGCACUCAGAUUCCCCAAUAUCUAACAGAAGCUGGUUGGACUGCUGAAGGCCGGAUAGUGGGAGUAACACAACCUCGGAGAGUUGCUUGUGUUUCAAUUGCAGAGCGGGUAGCUGAAGAGAGGGGUGCCUUGCUGGGCCAUGAAGUUGGAUAUUGCAUUCGAUUUGAUGAUUGUACUGACCCACAGGCUACAAGAAUUAAGUUUCUGACAGAUGGAAUGCUGGUCAGGGAAAUGAUGGCUGACCCAUUACUAACCAGAUAUAGUGUCAUCAUGUUGGAUGAAGCUCAUGAAAGAACUUUAUAUACAGAUAUUGCCAUUGGCUUAUUAAAAAAGGUUCAGAAAAAACGAGGAGAUCUUCGCUUGAUUAUAGCAUCUGCUACACUGGAUGCUGAGAAAUUUAGGGAUUUCUUUAACCAAAAUGAGAGCAGUGACCCAAGCAAAGAUACCAGCAUGAUCCUUACUGUGGAAGGACGGACGUUUCCAGUGGACGUCUUCUACAUUCAGAGUCCUGUUCCAGAUUAUGUGAAGUCAACUGUGGAAACGGUCAUGAAAAUUCAUAAUUCAGAAGGUGAUGGCGAUAUACUGGCAUUUUUAACUGGCCAGGAAGAAGUAGAAACAGUUGUUUCUAUGUUGAUAGAACAAGCUCGAAUCAUCGCUCGCACAGGCAUGAAGAAGCACCUGCGUGUCCUUCCUAUGUACGCUGGAUUGCCUGCUGCUGAGCAGAUGAAAGUUUUUGAAAGGAUGCCUCAUAAUGUGAGAAAGGUGAUAGUGGCUACUAACAUUGCAGAGACCUCUAUCACAAUCAAUGGCAUUUCAUUUGUUGUUGACUGUGGCUUUGUGAAGCUUCGUGCAUAUAAUCCCAAAACAGCUAUUGAAUGUCUUGUGGUUGUUCCAAUCUCGAAGGCCUCAGCUAAUCAGAGAGCUGGUCGUGCUGGACGGAAUCGCUCAGGAAAAUGUUACAGACUUUACACAGAGGAAGACUUUGAGAAGUUGCCACAGUCCACCAUUCCUGAAAUGCAACGCAGUAACCUGGCACCGGUUAUAUUGCAGCUUAAGGCAUUAGGAAUUGACAAUGUGCUUAGGUUUCCCUUCCUCUCACCUCCACCAGCUCAGUCAAUGGUGCAAGCUCUGGAGCUGUUGUAUGCCUUAGGAGGACUGGAUAAAUAUUGUCGUCUCACUGAACCUCUGGGAAUUAGAAUAGCAGAGUUCCCUUUAAAUCCUAUGUUUGCAAAGAUGCUCCUAGAAUCAGGAAAUUUUGGCUGCUCCCAAGAGAUUCUGAGCAUUGCAUCCAUGAUGCAAAUCCAAAAUAUCUUCACAAUUCCUCCAAACCAAAAAGUACUAGCUAUAAGAGAACACAGAAAAUUUGCUGUUGAGGAGGGUGACCACCUCACGAUGCUUAAUGUCUAUGAAGCUUUUAUAAAACACAACAAAAGCUCUCAGUGGUGUCAGGAACACUUUCUGAAUUAUAAAGGUCUUGUUAGAGCCACAAUUGUAAGGGAGCAGCUGAAAAAACUUCUUGUCAAGUUCAAAGUGCCAAAAAAAUCUAGUGAAGGUGAUCCAGACCCUGUUCUAAGAUCUAUUGUUUCUGGAUUUUUUGCUAAUGCAGCCAGAUUUCAUUCUACUGGGUGUUACAGGACUAUUCGUGAUGAUCAUGAACUCUACAUACAUCCCACCUCAGUGUUGUAUGCAGAGAAACCUCCUCGUUGGGUAGUGUACAAUGAAGUUAUCCAGACUUCAAAGUAUUACAUGCGAGAUGUUACAGCUAUUAAAUCUGCUUGGUUAUUGGAACUGGCUCCUCAUUUCUAUCAGCAAGGAACGGUACGGGCUCGGCAUGGACUCCAAACGCAUCUUUCUCUGAAAGCCAAAAGAGCUAAAGUAGAUGACCACUGACUCUCUCUGGUUGUUGAAGUUCACCAUGUUUGAUGCUGAAAUUGUCGCCAAUUUGAAAAUGUACAACUGUCCUUCCAACAAUUAGUUGAUUAGCAACCUGACCUCAUAUCAACUAUUCAUGUUGAAAUGCCUGCUUGCCAGGAUUCUGUAGGGAUGUAUGCAUGACCAAUACAUUGUAACACUUAAAUAGAGCUUGUAUUGUGGACAUCUUAUCCAGCAGUCUAGUUGUGAUGACCACUUCUGUUCAUCCGGGCACUAUGCUCAUUUUAAAUAAAGUAGAAAAAUUAUCAGUGCAAAAAGAGAGAAAGAGAGAGAGAGACAAUUUCGAGGAAAUUUGCAGUACAUGGAUAACUACAUUAUACCCUUGAAGCAGAAAGGAGAGGAGGCAGAUACAGUGCCCUCAGAGAGAUGCUCAGGAUCCUUUAGACCACUGUGAGAAACUUGAUCAUCCUGGAACUACCUGCUACUUGUAGGCAGAUUUGGGAACACAAGCAAAGCCUUGACGUACCUUAAUGGGUGGAAAUGAAAACCUUGAAACUGUGAUUGUGCCUAACUGCUGUGAUUUUUUCCCCUGCCUUUUUUCCUGUAAAGCAAUAGAUUUCUAAUCUUUUACCGGUUUCUACAUUUCUUCUUUCUUGCAUUUCUCUCUUACAAUGGUCAUGAUUUUCAAAUUAGCUUAUUUUACAGAAAGUGAAGUCUUUCACUAAAUUAAGGUCCUUGGGAAAGGACUUUAAUGUGGGCAUAUUGUUUGUUGUUUCCUUUCCUUUCAAAAUUAAGAAAUGAGAAACUUGGAGCCAGUAUCUGCACAUUCUCAAUUUUUUGAUAUUACAGUUAACAAAAAUCUAUGGUUCUUGGCAUGUGGUUUAUAUCCAAUGCCAGACUGCUAAAAUUCAGAUAGUGACAAUUAUAGCAAUGAUGAUAAAGAAUCCAACUUUAAGAUAGAGCCAGAGGGAUCAUGUCCAGGAAUAUUAUCUUUUUCCAGGGGUGGGUUUCU